AUGGAGGUACUGCAACUGGGCCAAGAAUUUCGGCCACGAGGCUCUUGGGGAGAUGUGAUGGCAAGAAUGCGAACCAGAGCACGUGUGCAUUCACAAACCGACAUCGCUGAAGGUGUUCCUACUAGUCACAGGAUUAGCGACACAAAUGUUGUUAUACAGUCUCCUGCUACAGUAAUGGAUGACUCGUCAACUAGGUAUCUGCUAGUUUUUAUUUUCCCUUUUUUCUAUGUGCUUCCUUAUAUUCUGAUUAUCGUGAUCUUAAGUGUGCCUUCACCGUCAGCAUCCACAUUGUGGGAAAUAGAGAUGCCCUCUUCUGGAUCUGGUGGAGGAGACUUGUCACAUGAAAGCCAUUUCGCGGCGGCCGCAGCUAUUGCUGUUCUCGGACGAGGGUCGGUUUUUUGCCUUCAAGUCGGAAGCUCUUCUGGAACUAUGGAUGUAGUACCUGGGGCUACCAGUGGAGCGUCACUUGGCGUUUCAGCUGUUGGUGUGUCGUCGAUAGGUGGAGAAGUGAACAGCAACAGUUUCACAGUAGAAGGACAGCGGCCUCACGGUGUUACAAACAUUGUAAUGCCAGUGAACAUCAGCGUUGUAAAUGACGAACUAGAUUCCAAUGAUGUGGAAACUGAAGCACCCAGCGUUGAUCGUGAGCCAGUCUCAGACACCGCAGCUGAAGAUAUCACAACUUCAUCAAACCCUCUCCAAAGAGUAGAAGCUCCACACGAUAACGCUUCCCCAUCGCAAACCGAAAGCCCUCCGGAAGCCGAAGGCGACUCGGUAAUUCGUUUGAAAUUUCUCGACGAUUCUCAAAGAGAUGCUCGUACAACAAUGACUGACACCAUAGGCAAAUUUAAAAGCGUACACUUUGGUGAUGCUGUUGCUGCCGGUCGUGUGGUGAGGUUGAUUUAUCAAGGUCAACUACUUCGUGAAGAUUCGAGAACGCUGGCUUCAUAUGGUCUUCGUGAUGGAUGUGUUGUUCAUUGCCAUAUCAGUAAUACACCGUAUGCUACACAGGGGCCAUCUUCUUCUCAGUCCACCAAUACUGCUACUCAGCUUAGACACCGGGAUACAGUGCGUCCUACUCAAAUGGUAACUUCGGAGCCAACACGUGUGGAAGCCAAUGAAUUUCGUUAUCCUCGUUGGGCUGUAGCAUUACUAUUAAACACUUACCGCUUUCCCUUGAUUGGUUUGCCUUUGGAUGCAAUCGUUCGAUUUCUAUUUGAUCGGCCAACU